AGGAGACUGUGUCCUUUGUGUACACUGUACCUUUAGAAAUAAUAUUGAAGUAAAACAUUGUGCUCUGGAGUGAGUGGUGUGUAUUUGUCAGUUUUAUGAUUUUAAAAACGUAAAUGUGUGAAAUUCAGGAUUAUUCAAUCGAGCAUGAGCAUAUUUAUGUGAAAAAGUUAUCGGCAUCCUUAGAUAUGGACCUGUACAUCACCGACUCACUCCAGGAUAUGCUGGAUAUGGACAUCAAAAAUGAAAUAGCCACUGACUUAAGCAGUGCGACUGACUUUUCUGAUUCAUUAGGAUUGAACUUUUCCGAAAUGCCACCUCUACUAGAUAUGGACACGGAUAAUUCAGUCACGUGGCUCAAUAACUCUUCAUCAAGUUUUGUACACAAUUUAGAUUUAUACGGCUCAGAAGCAAAUGCAGUCAUGGUAAACCCUAACUCGGUCAUGCCAUCCACAUUCGCAGAAACGCCUAUAAAGGGCGUAGUCAAGGAAGAAGCAUCGAAUCUGUUGUUAACAUCUGUAAAUAAUGACUUAAAUAGUACUUCAUCAUUACCAAGUCCAAAGGAAGAAAAGAGCCAUUUAACGUUUUCUCCGAAUGCAAUAAAAGUAUCAAAGGUGCAUGAAACUGAAGAAGCUACUGUAAAGAAACAGCCCGAGGAAGCGACACAGAUGGUUAUAUAUGUAAGGAAGCAAGACAAAAAUGUGGUGAAGGAUUUAUUAAAAGAUUUAGACACAAGCAAAAUGAAAAUAAAUGCGUCAACAAUUACGCGGAUAAAAUCCAACCAACCCGAAGUUAUUAAACUGAACAGUAAAAAUUGUUCCAUAUUAAACUCAAGCCAAAAACUAUCUCAACAAUUAGGUGCUAAAACAAUAAUAUCUGGUAAUAUACAUAUACUGGAUGCGCAACAAUCUAGAACAAUUUUAGGUAAUGGAAACAAGAACCAAGCUACUAUUUUAAUUGACAAUUCUCCGCUGAGUAAUAGACAUAUAAUUAAAACUUCGGUUAGCGGAGCGUACAUUGAUAAUAGUCAAACUAAAUAUGUAAAUACUAGUAAUAAAAAUAGUAACUCCACAGUGAGUGAGUUUCCCAAGCCUGCUUAUUCAUAUUCAUGUUUGAUUGCGAUGGCGUUGAAGAAUUCAAGAACAGGAAGCCUGCCAGUGUCCGAAAUUUAUAAUUUUAUGUGUCAACAUUUUCCAUACUUCAAGACUGCCCCAAAUGGUUGGAAAAAUUCAGUACGGCACAAUCUAAGCUUAAAUAAAUGUUUCGAGAAAAUUGAAAAGCCAUCGAAUAACGGAAGUCAGAGAAAAGGUUGUUUAUGGGCAAUGAACCCAUCAAAAGUAGGGAAAAUGGAUGAGGAGGUGCUAAAGUGGUCAAGGAAAGAUCCACAGGCAAUAAAGAAGGCCAUGGUCUAUCCAGAAAGCCUGGAAGCGUUGGAGAGAGGUGAGAUGAAGUACAGCGGCUUCGGAAGCGACACAGAGGCAGAAGAUGAUGCGGAUGUUGAUGGAGACGCCGAACUCGACCCUGAUCUAGAGCUGGACUCCGAUGUGAAGGAGGAGGUCGACCAGGACGAUACCCUCAUCGAACAGGAGGGAUCCGACCAAGAGCUCGAAGUGGAGGAAGUGGUGGAAGGCACGGGAAUGGUUGGCGGAGCUUACCGGCUGCUAGCUGGUGGCGGCUCCUUGUCUUCAUAUAUAGACUGCGGAGAUGACGCCAGCGAUAUUGAGGUCACGGACCAUUCGUAUGAAGAACUCGACAUUGAUACAAAGCCUGUAAAGUUAGACUUUUCACUGAGCGACAACUACAGCCAACCAGCAAAAAGGGCAAAAACCAGUUUCAUCUACCAACCAGUCAGCACACAGUCGCACACAAGUAGAAGAAAAACGCCUCUAGUUAACCGAGUUGCAUUAGUUUAACUAUCUAGUGUUGUAAUCUUGAUGUAAAAUUGUGAUCUUAUUGACUAUUAAGUGAAAUUCGAAAUUAUGUGUUAGUGUACAAUUGUUACAUAUCCAACUGUCACAGAAAUUCACCAUCUCCAGUUGGUGCAUGGAAGGUAGUAAAGUAGAAUAGUUUAAUUUGCAUUUGGUGAGUACAAACAUUGCUACUCAAAUAGCGGAUAGUUGUGAGUAGAAAAUUCAUUUUUGUAAAAUAUACUUCACUAGUUCCACUGUAUUUAUUGGAAUUCACAAACUCGACAAUUUUUUUUAUUUUUAUAAUUUCCAUAAAUACAGUCAAACUAGUAGAAAAUUUCUUUCCUAAAGUACUAAUAAUAUUUUUACAAUAGAAAACUAAGUACUGCAGUGUUUUAAGUGAUUGUAACAAUUACUUUAUAAACCAGCUGUAGCGGGUAAUUGAUUUAAGUCCCACCGCUUGUAUAUAUUUACUAUUACGUUCUAUUUGUUGACACAUAGGUUUUGUCGAACAUAUAUUAUUCACAACUUUAUACACUUGAAUAUAUUCAUUGCAAGAUGAAUUUUAUUGAAUAUAUUUGAUUUUAUGGUUGUGCUUUUAAAAUUAUAUUUGAACGGUAUGUAUAACUUUUUUAGAUGUUGUUUUUUUUUGCAUUUCAUAUAACUGAGGUGCAAAUAAAAACUAUAAUCUGUUGAUAGUGAGUGAUGUCAAAAUUGUAUUAAUAUUGUUCCUUUUUGGUCUUAAGGUCUCUGAAAUCAGUGGGCCAUUGUAAUUAAUUAGAAAUAUUGUUGUAGUAACAGUAAAUGUCUUAAUGAUUUGUGAGUAAACAAUUAGUUAUAAGGUUAUUACAUAAGAGUGGUUUAGCAUUUAUUUGUUUUAAGAUCAAUAACUUGUGUAUUAUUUGUUGUCCACACUGAUUUGUUUUUCAAUGUACUCUUCAGCUGAAAAAUACCUUUGUAAUAUCAAUUUGUAUAAGAAUUAUUCAUUCCAUUAUCAAUAGUAAUAUUAUGAUGGCUUUUGUGAACAAAAUGUGAUGCUGUGUGUAUAGCUUUAUUGGUAUCUAAUAUAUAUUUUGGUAUUUUAUGGGUUGAUGAUAAUAUUCAGACUCACAAAUUUAUAAUAUUGUCUCUGUCUUGUCAAUAUAAUGUGUAAACCUUGUUGUACCUUAUAUAAUUCAAAUGUUAUAAUUAUUUCAAUAUGCAAGUUAUAUCAUAAUUCAUAUAUUUUGUUAUUUUUAUAAAGUGAUAACCCUCACUUCUGGAAUUAAUUACACAAAUUAAAUUUGAAAAGAAAAUUUAUGUACGAUGCGGGACUCGAAACCGUGACCUCUCGCUUUCCGUGCGAGGUUGUGGCUUCAUCUACAGAGUUGAACAAGACAUACAAGAUUUAUCAACGAUUCGUCACUCGAACGGUUGUCUCAGUCGAAAGAGCGCUGGCACGGAACGCGAGAGUUCGCGGGUUCGAGUCCCGCAUCGUUCAUAAAUUUUGUUUUCAAAUUUAAUUUGUGUAAAAUAUUGAAAUAUCGAAAUAUUUUUUAUUUUUGAUUGAGAACCUAUAAAAAAAUACUUUAUUCUCAAUUGAAAUGAGAGAACUCUUCUUUCAAUUUUGAAUAGACUAUUCCUACAAGAGGAUCUACUUAUCUGUAAAAGUGUUUACACUAGACAUUAUUCUCUUUAAUGCUUGUCAGAAUUUAAAAUAACUACAUCAAAAUUAAAAUAAUCUCACCUAGAAAAGAAGAAAACUAGAGUUAUCAUAAUAUUAAAAAGUAUGUAACAUUGUUGGAAAUAAUGUGAGCCAAAAAAUAGUCUCACUGCCAGUAUUUCAAUAUUGGUAUAAAUACUAGUGUGUAAGUUUAGUAAUUAGGUAAGCAUAAGUGUAGCAUUUACUUAGUCCUAUACUUACUUGAUUUUUAAUAAUUCUUUUGUAAUAAAAUAAAAUAAUAGA